UAGAAGCUUUUAUUCUGAAGAAACAAAACGGAAAUGAGUAGCGGAAGUAGCAAGCUGUGGAAGCUAGCAGUCGAAGCUACACGAGAUUCACGGGACCCAAUAACAGGAAAAGACACAUGCCUGUGACGUGUAAGGAAGUGCAAAUGGUGCAACCAUGCCGCUCCAGUUCGUGUACAGCAGCCAGGACUUUGUCACAGACAUGUGUCGGAGCAGUGGAAACGGUCCUCAGGCAGGACUGGCACAAUCACAGUUUGACACACGCAUCCAAGCCGGCUGGACAGAGAGGAUGGAGAAGGGACUUUUCCGCUAUCCUCUAGGUGAUUUACAGACACGUGUCCUCCCGGGCCACUGUGGUUAUGUGGCCCAGCUGAAUAUUCAAAGAGGCGUAGAGCGAAGGAAGCCUCAGGAGAUACUGAGCAUUCAGCAGGCGUUCAAUGCCAAACAGUUCAACUUCAACAAGAUCAAUCCAGAGGAAAUCAUACUGGAGAUGACAAAGCAUGCAGAGCAAGAAACCGCCAUACAAGACAAUGGGCAGUCUCAUCAACACUGUAGGAUGGUUGUGCUAAUCAAUGUCAGUCCUUUGGAGUUCGGACAUUGCCUGUUUGUUCCAGACCCGACAUGUUGCUUCCCACAGAUCCUGACGAGGUUUGCCAUCCAGGUCGGCAUCGAAUGUGUCCUCCUCAGCUCCGACCUCGGCUUUCGCGUGGGGUUCAACAGUCUUGGUGCGUUUGCGUCUGUGAACCAUUUGCACUUACAUGGAUACUACCUCAGCCACGAGCUCAAGCUGGAAACGGUGUCGGUCAAGCCACUGGUUCCUGAGAGAGGGUUUUAUCGCUUGCUAGACUUGCCCCCAGGCUUUUUGUUUUACACUGAGUCGGACACGGUGGACAGAGUUGCCAGAGCCAUCUGUGAAGUCACAGACUUUCUAGUGGAUGGCAACAUUGCACACAACCUGUUCGUGACCAGAGGAUGUCAGCCCUGUAGUUCCGUACAGAAAGAGCAGGAUCAGUGUUCAAGAAGAGGUGUGCGUAUCGCUGUGUGGCCCAGGAAAUCCUCCUUCGGUGCCAAAGAGGAGUCCGCCUUCAACGUGGCUCUUUGUGAACUGGCUGGACAUUUGCCCUUUAAGAACAAGAAGGACUACGAGCUCGCUACUGAGAAAGAUGUAGUGGAUAUCAUUCAGAGAUAUCUUCUGCCUGAUCAGGACUUCGUCAAGUUGGAACAGAAGCUCAUUCGUCAUUUAAGCAAUCUUUAAUGAUUUGAACACCAAACUACUGUACUGAACACGUUUUAAAGGGUCCGUGCUUCAUGAGUUCAAAAAUGUAUGGGCAUUAUUAAUGUAUUUAUAAACGAGAUAACCCCAUUUUUGUGUGUGUCCUCCUCAGGUCUGUGUUACCACAGUUACUGUGAGUGUAUGAAGUGCAUAAUGGUCUUGAGAUCAGAGUGAUUUCCUGUCUGAAAAAUAUAUACAAGCACAACUGUGGUGUGGCUUAGUUUCUAAAAUUCUAUACACAACUUUCAGUUUUAGUUUUCAGAUGAGCUGUGUAAACAUACAUCACAGUCACUGCUGAUACACCCUGAGGUGUGAGAAAAAACCUUUACACCACUUGAAAGAUCUCUCUCAAUUCACACCUUUCUAUUAGGAGAUACAAAAAUCUGGCAGAAACAUAACACAGACUUCCACCUCAAAAAUGAAUGAUGUAAUAUUUUAUUUCCAAUCCAAUCCAACUGUAUUUAUUUGACAAAUGAAUGCAUUGUUUAUUCAAGUAAUACUAUGUUUGUGUAUAUGUUAUUUCGUCAUUUCCAGGUACUAAUACAGAGGCUUAAGCGGUCUGAGGAGCUUCUCAAAGCCGCUGUUGUUUAUUAGAAAACAUUUUGAUAUGUCACAGUAGGAAGAGCACAGGCGUAAUUAACGACGGCAGACGCCAGUGUGGCUGCUUUGGAAAUUCACGGGCAGUUCCUGUCACGAUGUCUAAGUUUACUCACAACCUUUACUUUGCCUUUGUCCACCGCACGCGCUCCACGCCUCACCCUUCCACUCCAUCACCCCUGAAGAGCACAUCAUCUGCCAGACCUACAUCACCACGGUAGCAGCGCCAAACGGAGCGGCGAGAUCAAUGAGCGCACACGCUUUAAUGAGGUUCAUCAUUAGUGAGCACAAAAGCAGCUCAUUGAGCUCUGACGUGCUCGUUUUGUUCCAGCGGGACAACAGCUUGCAGUCGGUCUGUCUGCGUUCAGGACUACGUUCAAAUUGAUAGCAACGUCAACAUUUUGGUUUGAUUUAAAUGACCAGGCUGUGUCAUAUUUAAGAGGAUAUCUGUAAUAACUGAUGUGUCUACAGCGAGUCACCUUCAGAGCCUUCAUCCAGUCAUGCCAGUUAGCGUCGGGUCACUUCCAGGACAGCCCCGUGUCCUGCACGGGCCACAAAGUGGCUACAAACGUGGAUCAUUCUAUACGUGCUGUUGCGUAAUGUGACCUCUACAGUGAUUGUGCCACAUUAAGGUCAGAAUGCUUGAAAUGCGAUCUCCCUCCACGCUCCAUCACAUUUCAUUAUUUGUCAUAAUGUAUUAAUGUUGGUGCUGGUCAGUAAACCUUAUUUUUUUAUUUAUUAUUUAUGAGCAGGCUCUUGUCUCAACCUUGAACCUAUGGGCUGUGAUGGUUGACUGAGUCAAACCCGUCAUGCGUAUUUCUAAUGGGGCCCAGCACGGAUACACAUUAUUUACCAUUAAUGCUCCAUGGAGUGGGCCUCAGAGCAAAUAAGUCGCUUCCUGGUUAGUAUAGAAAGUAAAGCCUGUUUGU